GAAGAUUCCCUCACGUAUGCAUUAAAACGUGUAUUGUGUCAGUCAGUACACGACGGAACAUAGCGAGGCUCUGAGUGGAAACUAUGAGUCCCUCCCACGACACUUAAAUACAGCCGGACUGUCUACUGCUUAAAGAAAUACGCCCUUUGGACGAAGAGUACCAACAGGAAAAAAGAAAAAGAAAGAAACCAACAGUAGUUUAAAGCUAUGAGCUACCCUGGAUACCCCCCUCAGGCAGGUGGCUACCCUCCACAACCUGGGGCUUACCCACCUCAGGCUGGAGGUUACCCUCCCCAAGCUGGCAUGUAUCCUCAGCCUGGCGGCUAUCCUCCCCAGCCUGGCGGCUAUCCUCCCCAGCCUGGCGGCUAUCCUCCCCAGCCUGGCAGCUAUCCUCCUCAACCUGGUGGCUAUCCUCCCCAGCCUGGCGGCUAUCCUCCCCAGCCAGGUGCUUAUCCCCCACAACCUGGUGCUUAUCCUCCACAGGGAGGAGGAUAUCCACAGGCACCACCACCAGGCAGCUGGGGAGGUGGCCCUGUUGUUGGUUAUCCCUCCGUAGCUCCUAAUAACGUACCCAACCCUGGAUUCAAUCCUGCAAUGGCCAGCCACAUCUCUGCUGUCAUGGGGGGUUAUUCUCUAAACCCAUCCAUGUUCACCCAAGUUCCUGGGGUGUACCCACCUGCUACUCUACAUGGGGGGUAUGGUACUCCCUUCCCUAACCAACAGUCAUAUGGCCUGUACCCACAGUCAGGAGGGACCAUGCCUCAACCUCCAACCCAAGGAAUGGGAUACCCCGGUCAGCCAGGCCAAACGAUGCCUGGAUACCCCAGUGCACCAUCACCCAAUCCUCCGGCGGCCGGUUUUGGAGCAGCACCAGCACCAAUGCCAGGGUACCCAUCACAGUUUCCAGCCAUGCCUGGCUAUGGAGCAUCAGCCAUGCCAGUAGCUCCAACUUUCAAUAAAGGAUUCAGGGGAACAAUCAAGGACUUUCCUGGAGCCGAUCCACUCAAAGAUGUGGAGGUCUUGAGGAAGGCCAUGAAGGGCUUUGGAACUGAUGAGCAGGCCAUUAUCGACUUACUGGGGAGUCGAUCCAACAAGCAGCGCGUGGAAUUACUCCGAGCUUACAAAACAUCGUAUGGGAAGGAUCUGAUUAAGGAUCUACAUUCAGAGCUGUCUGGGGACUUUCGGAAGCUGGUCAUGGCAAUGUUGAAGACUCCGGCUCAGUUUGAUGCCUCUGAGCUCAACAGUGCCAUAAAGGGUGCUGGAACUGAUGAAGCCUGUCUGAUAGAGAUCCUGUCUUCUCGCUCAAAUGCUGAGAUCAAGGAGAUAAACCAGAUUUACAAACAAGAAUACAAGAAGACACUGGAAAGUUCUAUUAGUGGAGAUACGUCAGGCCAUUUCCGUCGGCUCCUGGUCUCACUUGCUCAGGGUAAUCGUGAUGAGCGACCAAAUGUUGACCUCUCUCUGGCCAAGCAGGAUGCUCAGGCCUUGUAUGCUGCGGGAGAGAACAAGUUAGGAACAGAUGAGUCCAAGUUUAAUGCAAUUUUAUGUUCGAGGAGCAAAGCCCAUCUGAGCGCAGUGUUUAAUGAGUACCAGAAAAUGUGUGGUAGAGACAUUGAGAAGAGCAUCAGCAGAGAGAUGUCUGGAGACCUUGAAAGCGGCAUGCUGACAGUUGUGAAGUGUAUUAAGAACAUCCCUGCCUACUUUGCUGAGAGGCUUUACAAGGCCAUGAAGGGAGCCGGAACCAAAGACAAAACCCUGAUCCGGAUCAUGGUGUCCCGUUCUGAGGUUGAUAUGCUGGAUAUCCGCCAGGAAUACCUGAAAAACUAUCGCAAGUCGCUGUACACAGACAUCUCUGGAGACACAUCAGGAGACUACAAGAAACUACUGCUGAAGCUCUGUGGAGGCAGUGACUGAAACAGAAAUACAAGAUCUACUGCACUAUAGCAGUUUCCUACCAAUAUCUGAUUUUCACCUUAUAUAUAUACUAUGCACAAGCUGCAACACUGCAUGUCAUGCCAAUGCUCUCAAUGCAACUUUUAGUCGCUUAUCAGAACCUCAUACAUGUUGCUGUUUCUUCUUCGUGCACUAAGGUUUUAUACUUUUUUGCCACGUGUAUGUUUUUGCAUAUACAUGCUUGAAUGUUAAAUGUCUAUCAGAUUGUUUAAAUUUUAAGAGCUACAGUAUGUAUUUUCAGGAUAUUUAAAUUGUGCCAAUAUCAGAUAUCUCAGGAUAUUACAUUUAUUAGCUAAUUUUCUAAUGUUAAACAAUUUUGAGCAAAAUGUUGUACAUCAGAUUAUGUAGCAGCUAAGUACCAAAGUAGAAUGUUGUUUACAAUUCCAUCAUUGCUAUAUUUUUUUCAACUCUUCACCACAGUUGUGCUGAUUUGCAGAUCUUUGUUUUGACAUUAACUUAUGUACACCAGUUUAGAAUUAAAUUCAUUAAUAAAGCCACAGCUAAUAAUUACUUUCAUAAUUUAAUAAUGGAUUUUAUUUCUAUGGUUAACCUUUUGUGUAGGCUCCAAAAUGUCAUUAAACCAGUGGAAAAAAAAAAAAAAAAAAGUAAUUCCAAGCCCACACACAAAGAUAAUAUCUUUACAAUGCUUGUUCAAUUAAAUACUUGUAAAAUUUAAUUUAUGUUGGUAAUAGGAACAAAGCAAGAAAUGCACUUAUUCAAAAAGUUGGAAAUGGGAAAAACUUUUUUCCUUGAUAAAUUACAAAAAUUAUUACAAUAGUUGAUUACAGUUGAUUAUUUAAAAUUUGUUUCAGCUACAUCGAAAACAGUGUUCCUUUAAACCUGGUUUUUAGCCCCAUAGAAUUGGCUUUGUUUUAAAACUGGAUGUGCACAUGCACCAUUUCAUAACAAAAACAAUAUAACCACAAUAUCCUGAACAAGUAAGGAGUGUCUCCUU